AUGCGAAAUUCGUUACUUAAAGCAUCAAUUUGCCUUCUGCUUCUAUUAUCUAACAAUAAUGCAACUAAUGAAAAUUUCGACUACGACGACGAUAGCGAAUAUUUUGACUACGACGACGUUAGCGAAUAUGAUCCGAAUUCAACACUAGGCGCAUACGCAGAUUCAUACUGUGAGGCUAUGAAUUCUAAAUAUGCAUACAGGAAAGCAUUGGAAGAAGAUACUGAUUUUCAGCACAAUGUUUCUGAGAAGUGGGAAAAUCGAAAAACUCUGGAUAUCGCACAAAGUAAAUUUUUUGCGAAGACAUCAGGCAAUUUGAAAAAAUACAAAGUUCAAAUUGAAAUGAUAAAGAAUUAUUUGAGAGAAGCGAAUAAGAAAAUGAAAACAUUCAAAGCUGACCUUAAAGUGUUGGAAAAGGCAGCAGUCAUCGCAUCUAAUGCAUACAGAAAAACUUCAACUUAUUCGCGAAUUGUGGGCAAGGGAACAUCUACAAAUGACACAUUGAAUGAUGCCGAAAUCACAGAAGCCUAUGAGAAGGCUCGCUCUGAGUUUGCCGACGGCACAGAGGAACUAAAGGAGAAAAUAAAACAACUGGAAAUGUGGAGGAUUGAAUUUUUAAAGUCUUGA